AAAUUAUUUUAAUUUACCAUCUCUCUCUCUCCCUUCCUUCUUCUUUGUUCAACAGGCAACAACAACAACGACGACCACCAACACCACCAGCAGAAGGGCCAGCGAACGGCAUCGUGCACUUGAAGCUUAGGAAGAUCCAUUUCAAUUCCACUUUCACCUUGCCGAAUCUUAAUAUCUCCAUUUCUGGUAUAACCACGAUUCGACUAUCUAUAUAUUUGUUUUCAAAUUCAUUUUUUUUUUCUCGACUAAAAUUCACGAUCAUUUCUGAAGUUUUUCUGCUCAAUUCUUAUCCGUUCUACUAUUUUCCCGGGAAACAAACAGGAAGUGUUUUCUCUGGUGUUAUCGCAUCGGGAAUUGUGUUUUAUUUACUAGUUGAUCAGGGGGAUUUCAAGUUAUCACAUUUAACUGGAUUGUUAGGAGCUGGAGUUUCACCAUUUUGGGAAUUUAGGGUUUUCUAAAGGUUUUGUGGUAUUAUUUAGGGUUUUGUAAUUAAGAAAUGGUGCCAUUAUCGGUUUGAUUAUUUGGUUGUGGGGUUGUAGCUGUGUUUUGGUUGCGAGAAAUUUUGGGAUUUUUUUGUAAUCCCACUGCAUAUUUUGAGGGGUGGAUAGGGUUUAUGAUGAUAGAUCGAGAAUGGUGCGGCUUUUGGGACUGACUCGCGGUGACUCGUACGAGUCGCCUCGGGAGAUCACCUCGCGGGCAAACCCGACGAGCGAAUCCGGUGAGAACGGGUGGCUUAUUAGGUUCUUCGAUUCUGCGUUUUUCUGUGAGUGGAUUGCUGUUAGCUACCUCUACAAGCAUGAGCAUUCAGGGGUACGUGAUUACCUAUGUAAUCGAAUGUACACCCUACCCUUAUCGGGUGUUGAAAGCUAUUUAUUUCAAAUAUGUUACAUGAUGGUUCACAAGCCAAGCCCCUCAUUGGAUAAAUUUGUCAUUGACAUUUGCUCAAAAUCGCUUAAGAUAGCUUUGAAGGUGCACUGGUUUUUGUUGGCUGAGUUAGAGGAUUCUGAUGACAAUGAAGGGAUUAGUAGGAUCCAAGAGAAGUGUCAGAUUGCGGCCACCUUGAUGGGGGAGUGGCCGACAUUGAUACGGCCUCAAAGUGAGUCAAGUAGCCCUGGGAGCAAGAACCAGGUUUUGAAUAAAAUAUUAUCUUCAAAACAAAGGCUGUUGUCACUGACAUCUUCUCCACCCCCUCAGAAGUCUCUAUCUUUCUCGCCUUCAGGAAGUGUGGGGCUAGAGGAUGGUAGUCAGUCUCCCGACGAAAACAAAAUAUUUAAGAAAUUUAUCCCAGGUCCAAAGGUUCGAGAUGCAUUGCUAUUUCGGAAAUCUGUGGAUAAAGAUGAUGAUGAAUCUGAGAAGGAUGGGUUCUUUAAAAGACUUUUAAGGGAUAGUAAGGGUGAAGAUGAGGGAGGUUCGAAAAUUCGAGAACUUUUUAGGAAGUCAUCUGAAAAGGAUGAUGAUGACUCUGAGAAGGAUGGAUUCUUCAAAAGACUUUUAAGAGAUAGUAAAGGGGAUGAUGAAGACUUAACAUCAAGCUCAGAUGGUUUUUUUAAGAGGUUGUUUCGUGAUGGAAAGAACGAUUCUGAAGAUAAAUCAGCUUUGAAAUCAGCUGAGGAUGAGGAAAAAGAAGGGUUCUUUAAGAAGCUCUUUAAAGAUAAGGCUGAUGAUAAGAGGGAUGUAGCUGAUAGGUAUGAAGAUGAAGAAGUGAUUUACUCUGAAGAAAAAGGUUCGAAAUCUACUGAAGAUGAUGAUAAAGAAGGUUUCUUUCGGAAAUUCUUUAGGGAUAAAUUUGACGACAGGAGAGAUGGUAAUGAUAAAGCUGAUGAGGGAAGUGUCAAUGGGGAGGAAGAUGACUCUUCUGAAUUUUCAUUAUUCAAAAGGUUAUUUAGAGUGCACCCAGAAGAUGCUAAAAAUAACGUGGCAAAUGAAAGCAGUAAUGGUGGCUUGGCUGAAAGUAGUCCAGGAACAGAGAAUUUUUUUCGCAAAUUGUUUAGGGAUCGCGACCGAUCGGUUGAAGAUUCUGAGCUUUUUGGUUCGAAGAAGCAUAAAGAGAAGCGUCCUGGUUCGCCUCAGCAACAGAAUGAGAAAGCUAAUGCCAAACCCCCGCUUCCCAAUCAUACUGCGUCCCAGUUCCGGAAAGGGACUUAUCAUGAAUCAUUGGACUUUGUGCAGUCAUUAUGUGACACUUCAUAUGGUUUGGUGGAUAUAUUUCCAGUUGAAGAUCGUAAAAAUGCUCUUUGUGAGUCUCUUGUAGAGAUCAACCAGCAUGUAACUGAGGCCCAAAAUGGUGGAGGAGUUUGCUUUCCAAUGGGAAAGGGAAUGUUUCGUGUGGUUCAUAUACCCGAAGAUGAAGCCGUGCUUUUAAAUUCUAGGGAGAAAGCACCUUUCCUUAUCUGUGUUGAAGUCUUGAAAAGUGAAAUUCCUAGUAACCCAAAGGAUGCAUCCAGUUCUCAAAAGCUUUCUAGAGGAGGGAUUCCCUUAGCAAAUGGUGAUGCGCUUCUGCCAAAGCCACCUCCUUGGGCAUAUCCAUUAUGGACAGUCCAGGAGGUGUAUCGCAAUAGUAAUGAUAGGAUGUCAAGUUCUACUGCACAAGCAAUUGACCAGGCUAUGGCUCACAUGUCAGAGGCAAAAGUAAAGUUUGCUAAUGUGGAGCUGUCUGUAGAGAAGCGAUCUUGCAGCCAUUCAGAGGACAUGAAAAAACCUAAUUCAUGUGCAAGCGUCCAUUGUGAUAGUGCUCAUGCUAUUAAAAUUUUGUCUAAGAAUUGUCAAGGUGAAGAUGAUGGAGCUGAUGUAUCAAAAUCAGCCCAUGAUUGUGAUUUGGAGUGGGUAAGGGUAGUGUUGACAGCAGACCCUGGUGUAAGAAUGGAUGACAUUGAGGUUCAAGGUCCACCACGUCGGAAGGAACACCGUCGCGUUCCAAGUACAGUAGCUAUUGAGGAAGUCAAGGCUGCUGCUGCAAAAGGAGAAGCACCUCCUGGACUCCCUUUGAAAGGGGCUGGUCAGGAUUCAUCAGAUGCACAGCCUAUGGCUAAUGGUGCUACUCCCAAGGCCAGUGAUGCCUUAUCUGGUGAACUUUGGGAGGUAAAAAAAGAAAGAAUACGCAAAGCGUCAGUCUAUGGAUCGUCAAGUAGUUGGGACCUGCGCUCUGUAAUUGUGAAGAGUGGUGAUGAUUGUAGGCAGGAACACCUAGCUGUGCAACUUAUUUCACACUUCUAUGAUAUAUUUCAAGAAGCUGGUCUUCCACUAUGGUUGCGGCCUUAUGAAGUCUUGGUUACCUCUUCCUACACAGCUUUAAUUGAAACAAUUCCAGAUACGGCUUCGCUUCAUUCUAUCAAAAGUAGAUAUCCCACCAUCAAUAGUCUACGAGAUUUCUUCAUUGCGAAAUACCAAGAAAAUUCUCCAAGUUUUAAGCUUGCCCAGAGAAAUUUUGUCGAAAGUAUGGCUGGAUAUUCUCUUGUGUGCUACCUUUUACAGGUAAAAGAUCGACAUAAUGGAAAUCUGCUUAUGGAUGAAGAAGGUCAUAUUAUACAUAUUGAUUUUGGGUUCAUGCUCUCUAAUUCGCCUGGCGGAGUGAAUUUUGAGAGUGCCCCAUUCAAACUAACUCGUGAACUUCUGGAGGUGAUGGAUUCUGAUGCUGAGGGAGUUCCAAGCGAAUUUUUUGAUUAUUUUAAGGUUUUAUGCAUUCAAGGCUUCCUCACAUGCCGUAAGCAUGCAGAACGAAUAAUUCUUCUUGUUGAGAUGUUGCAGGAUUCUGGAUUCCCAUGCUUUAAAGGUGGUCCACGAACAAUACAGAACCUAAGGAAGCGGUUCCAUCUUAGUUUAACAGAAGAGGUAUGUAAAUCAUCUUUUUUUGUUCAUGUUAUUAUUGCUAUGAUUUGUAUGAUAGAUUUAGAUUUUGUUUUCCUAUCUUCAGCAAUGUGUGUCCUUGGUGCUUUCGCUGAUUAGCAGCAGCUUGGAUGCAUGGCGGACACGACAGUAUGAUUAUUAUCAAAGGGUUUUGAAUGGAAUAUUGUGAGUCCUCCAUUGAAAACAAGCUGGCUCGGUGACACUAAUAUGUCAAUUGUAGUUGUAUAUGCAAGUCACUGCAAUAUUAGUGGAGUCAGUUAUCUGUGGAUGGCUGAUGGUAUCUAUGGCCUGUUUUUCUCUGUUUGAGGAAUUUGUAACUGUAUCGGCGGAAAUAUUCUUUGGAAGUCAGCAGGCUAAGUUUACUUCAACAUGGUUUUCAUUUACAUUUUUUCCUUGUUUCUUGUGAUACGGACUCUGCUGGCUGGGGGGAAAUGUUCUUAGGAGUCAUCAUGCCACUCCUACCAAUGUCAGGCCAGCAAAAACUGUACAGAUCUCAAUUCAAGUGAGAGGACAAAAAAAAAAUUCUACGGCUAGGGAUGUUCGUUUGUGUUAUACAAAAAUGGCCCAAGUAUAAGUGAUUUUUGUAACUCUUAGGUUUCCAUGAAAAUUGGCAUAAUCUUCAGGGUAAAGCUUUGAACAGGAUCCAAAUAUGGAAACCUGGCCAUUUUUCAAUUUCUGGUCUCAGCGUUGUUGAAACGGUAUCCUUCUUCCAGGAGUGUUGAAUCUUCCAUAGUGUACGUUGUCAUAGCAAGAUUCUUGAAUAUCAAAUAUACUAUUGUAUUUUGUACCAUUGAUCCCGAUUUAUAAGCAAAAUUUGUUGAUUUGAAAAUCAUCAAAUCGAGAGAUUGUUUUUUUUGGCAUUGGAAACUUAAUACCAGUUUGGGUUGACCCUCCAAUUUGGAGAAAA